AUGGCCAACUUUGGGAGCGUCGUGCUCCAGCAGCCCGAGCUUGCGUCGGUCGUCUUUUGCUUCCAGUCUGGCGUCUACGCCGACGUCCAGAAGGCCUUCCGCGCCAUCGACUGCCUCGUGGGCUUUGCCGGACAUCAGUAUGUUGUCGACCCGUCCUUCCACUCUCGCUUUACCGACGGCCUCUCGCCAAUGGCUCAUUUCGGCGCCAUGCUGUACGGUCUGAGAGGCCUUGAGCGCGAUGAGCGGUUGCCGCUGCACGUGGCCAUUGCCCAAGGUUGUCUGCGCCUCACCCAGCGCAUCCUUCGGUGUCGUCCGGAUCUCGCGUCCGAAGACGCCAUCAUGCUGGCGUUCACCAGCAGCCGCAUCGAGAUUGCCGAGUUUCUUCUGAACCAGCGAAGGAACGUGCCCGAGCUCCGCCGACCUCUCAACGCGCUCGUCGAGCGACAAGGUACCCAAACGCGUUGGGCGCUCGCGCAAGCGCUGCGCAGCAACGACUCGAAGGCCCUCAUGCUGCUGGUGCGCUUUGGCGUCAGCAACAAUGGUGUCCUCUCGUCCGACAUCCGGUCGGCCAUUGUCCAGGGUACGCUGACCAACGUCAUGCUGGCCCUCGAGUUGCUUCCGUGGCUCGCGUACCCGUCGCUCUUGGAGGACGCUGCCGCACAAGGGUGGCUGCCGCUCGUACGACAGCUCCACGAGCUCGGCUUUUCUUGUCGGACAGACGCGCUCGACAAGGCGGCAGCGAAUGGGCAUUUGGCGGUCGUCGCCUUUCUGCAUGCGCAUCGAACCGAAGGCUGCACCGUCAAGGCCAUGGACGAGGCGGCGGCCAACGGUCAUUUGGAGGUCGUUGAGUUUCUUCAUUUCAACCGAACCGAAGGCUGCACCGUCAAGGCGCUUGACGAAGCCAUUGCGCUCGGCCAUCUCGACGUUGUCCGCUUCCUCGCCGAGCACCGAACUGAGGGUGCGUCGCUUAACAUGCUCGACUUUGCGGCGGCCAACGGUCACCUUGCGGUCGUUCAGUACCUCCAUUCUCUUGGCACUUACGACUGCACCGUCUUUGCUGUCGACGACGCUGCUGGCAACGGCCAUGAGCCCGUCGUGCGCUUCCUCUUGGCCCACCGAAGCGAAGGCGGUAGCCGAAACCGCGUCGUUGGGAUUGCACUGGAGAACGGUCAUGCGUCGAUCGCGCAGCAUCUACUCUCCCUCGGGUAUACAUUUCCGACACUCGAGUCGCUUGCGAUCACGCGCUACACCAUCGAGGUCAUUCGACUUUUGGUGGCUUUCGAGGUUCCGUAUCGCGCGGCGUGGUUGGACGAGGCGUGCACCCAAGGCAGUCUCGCACUCGUCCAGUACCUCCACGAGCAUUCGCCGGCUGGCUGCACGACCGCCGCGCUCGACGGCGCCGUGACAAGCAGCGCGUGGCCGAUAGUCGAUUUUCUAUUGACGCAUCGACACGAAGGCGGGUCGGUCUCGGCUGUCAAGGAAGCCUGGCGGCACGGCAGACCCGACGUCGCGGCGCGUAUCUUGAAGCGCCAGCCCGAGCUCGGCUGGAAAAGCGUACUCGAAGCCGAGAUCACCAUCACAAGUCCCGAGACAUUCAAGCAGUGGUGUCCCAGCAUCGAAGCCGCGCGGUCCGCGCUUGGUGCGAUCGCCGGUGUGCCGCAGUGUGCGACCAAGAGCCAGCGGCUCCUGCCACUCUGCAUGCACCCGACGGACGCCAUCGACAACGUCCUCUUUCUGCUCGAUUUGUUUGUGCUCCCGGACCGCUGGCGCCCAACGCUGCGCGAACUCACCUCGUCCGAGUUGACGACCCAAGGACAAAAGGCCAACUUGGAGCUCCUGCCAUCCGUCGAAGCGCGCGCAACAACACUCUUGAAGCGCGGGGCGGUCGUGGACUGGGCACUGGCCAGUGUUUGUAGUCAUUUCUGGCGCAAUGCCGCUGGCGCCAACGCCCAGCGUUGCGCUGCUGCCGUCCAGGAUGCCGAGCUCCAGCGAUUGCUCACACACGCGUGUUUGAGCCAGAGACAGUAA